CAAUGGCAGCGAUAGCGAGCGAGAAGAGAGAUUUGUUCCGGAUUAAAAAUUGUUGUACCUAAAUAAUUUAUUGCUGCUCUUUUGAUUUUCAGUUAGACAAUUGUAAUAUUUUAAUUAUGUCUUUUAAUUUUUUGGUUAGCAUUAACAAGUCGACGUCGGUUUUGAAAGAGUUCAUCCGCAAUGCCAGCAAGAAAACUGGUGGUAGUACAAAGAAUACCAAUUGCAAAGUGAAACCAAAACAUAGAGGAUGGAAAGUGCAAGAUGGUCAUUUUGUUAAGGCUGGACAUAUGCUUGCUACUCAAAGAACACCAAGAUUCCAUCCCGGAUUAAAUGUCGGAUGGGGUCGCAAUGGAACCCUAUUUGCAAUUGAACCAGGCCGAGUAGUUGUUACUUGUGAGAAAUUUGAACCCAACUGGGAACAUACCUGGGUAAAGCGAGUGUAUGCUGGUCGAGAACACCAAACAAUAUUAAAGAAAUACUACAAUGUUAUACCUGAGCCUCAACAUCAAAGAUUCAAAUUGAUUGAUGAAGUUUGAAAUAGUUUAUAUAGUAAAUGUAACAU